AUGCGUGUAAUUUUCUUCCUCACCGUUGUCUCGUCUUCGCUCGCAGGCGUGGACGCGGCGCGCUCUGCACCGACCGGAGGCGGCGGGCGGCGAGCAUUGCUCUCGCACCGUCGCUCCCUGCUGUACAGCAGCAUCAACGAAACGUACGGAUGCGUGAGUCACGGGAUCGACUGCGUGUACGGACAAUGGAACGGACAGGCGAUGUGCGAAAAGCUGAACGCGACGGACGAUGUAUCGUGCACGUGUGACUUUUGUUGGGCGUACUGCUGGGAGAACGGGGCGUGCCAACGCGAGUCAUCUGAGGCGCCUGAUUCGUGCUUUCACGCGAAUCGCGAGAGUCUCUGGUGGUAUCGGAAGGAUUACGGAUGCGGAUGUAGCGUGGGUAACAGCACAUACGACGCGUUGACUAACUGCGAUUGCAACGGGAUCGGAUCCGUGGACUGCGGACUCGGUUGCGGGGUGCCGUGUCCGUCGCCGCCGCUGAGUCCACCGCCGCCGAGCCCACCACCAAGCCCACCGCCGAACCCGCCGCCGAACCCACCGCCGAACCCACCGCCGAACCCACCGCCGAGCCCACCGCCGAGCCUGUCACCGCCAAACCCACCGCCACCGAGUCCAAGCCCGCCGCCGAGUCCACCGCCGAGCCCGCCGCCGAGUCCACCGCCGAGCCUGCCGCCACCGUUUCGCGAGGCGGAGCGAUUGGUAAACGCUACGACAACUCUUGUGGGGUAUUCAUCUAGCGAAUUCGAUGCGAAUCGCCGAGCUACCUUUCGUGCAGGUGUCGCGCAGCUGAUUCCAGAAAUCACCGCAAACGAAGUCCACAUACGAAGCGUCGCCGACGUAAUUGCGAAACGUAAGAGACAUCUACUGCAGUCGCAGAUCCCGGCGAUAGACGUUGAUUAUUCUGUAUUCGUUGAAUCGUCGAGCGCGGUCACUUUGAUGGACGUAUCGGCAGCGCUCAAAACUGGUGAUUUGGAACAGACUCUGCGUACCGCCGGAAUGACGUCCUUAACGUCAGUGUCGACAACAGUGCUUGAUCUUCUGCUGCCGCCUCCGCCAUCGCCGCCGCCGAUUCCACCGUCGCCUGCCGUGUCGAAUCCACCGCAGAAUUCCACUUUGAGCGGAGUUCCAGUCGCCGAUGACGAAGAUCCAGACUUUUCCACCGCGCGCUUCGUUGGAUUAUUCGCAGGUGGAGCGGCGAUGUUACUUUUAUCAUUGGCGUAUCGAUACCGUCGUAAUGCAGUCGAGCACGUUUCAGGAAUCAUAUCGAGAGUCAGACCGAUUAGGCAAGAAGACAAAGUGAAAGACCCGAUCGACGACGACGCACCGAGCGCGGCUGAUGAAUUCAUCGCAAGCGUGUGCAAAUAG